UUCUGCAGUGAUACGUCGGUGGGUAUCGGCCAUGACGCUUUCAAUACCUUCUUCAGCGAAACAGGUGCUGGUAAGCACGUCCCAAGAGCAUUAUACGUUGAUCUCGAGCCAACUGUCAUCGAUGAGGUGAGGACUGGUGCUUAUCGACAACUCUUCCACCCGGAGCAGCUCAUCUCCGGGAAGGAAGACGCCGCAAACAAUUUUGCUCGUGGACAUUAUACGAUUGGGAAGGAGAUUGUUGAUCUGUGCCUCGAUCGGGUUAGAAAGUUAGCGGACAAUUGCACUGGAUUGCAGGGAUUUCUUGUUUUCAGUGCUGUCGGUGGUGGCACUGGAUCUGGAUUGGGUUCGUUGUUGUUGGAGAGGUUAUCUGUGGAUUAUGGAAAGAAAUCAAAACUCGGCUUUACUAUCUAUCCUUCCCCGCAGGUAUCAUAAGCCAGGCCAUUUAUUUGACUUGGUUU